AAAACACAGCACAUAAGUCAACCUUAAUGAUGUCUGAAUCACUGUGAGCACGCUGGUGUCUGAAAGAAAGAUGCGUUCAUGCAGAGACGCGCUCAGCUUCCGAUAUGGGAUUUACUUUGAGGAAACUUUCGGUGGAGUUCAACAAGUCAGGAACUUGCUGGUCAGACUUUGAGCCUCUUUUCCUCCUUCAUGGAUGGAAAUUAAGCGGAAGGAAAGCAAUGCUGGGAAACUCGCGCUUGCAUCAGUUUCCAUGAGGUGGAAAGUUUUGUUUUGUAAAGUUUGAUUUGUUGCGUAAAAACAGAGCCGGGUCAAUGGGGACGCGGCGUUAGUUUACAGGUUGUAAAAGCAAACACACGAGAAAGGCUGUGGAUCUAUCGAUGAACUAAAAAAAAACAAACAAACAAACAAAAAAACCGAGGGAAUAUAAACGCCAAAUAUUCGAGAGGAAAGAGAGACAGGAUGGCAGAGAAGGAGACGCAAAGCAAAGCUGCGGUUUACCGGAGUGUCUCUUUUAAAAAGCUGCACAAUUGGAAGGCCAAUAAAAGCGGUUCGGGUGCCGAGGAUCAGCGCCACGGCUCGGAGGAUUUGGAGACUGGAGGAGCCCUUCCCCCUCCGGCUGCACAGCCCUCGGAUAUGCGCAGUGCUGCUGUGGCUAGAAAAGUUUCCAAAAUCUCAGCAGCCAGCCUCUCGAGGGCAGAGCUGAAGAAGGGAUCCACUCAUACCAUUUCACCCUCAAUCCGCCAGCUCUCUGAAAAGUUUGGAACAAACACAAAUUCAGGCAGCACUUCAGUCCUUCAGUCUACAGUUUCACACAGGAUUAGAUCUCCAGAUGAAUCAUCUUCCCAGGACAUUUCAGGAUGUUUCCCUGAUCAGAACAAAGAUCUUUCUGGAAACCUGAGCGACAAACUUUCGGAUCAUAAGUGUCAAGAGUCCGUCUCUGGCUCGGAUUCGGAUAGAGGUCAUAAAAGGAGGGUUCGAAAGAUCGGAGGUGGCACGAGAGCAGGUAAGACUGAUUAUUCUGAAAUCAGUGAUGGCUCUGACAGCUUUAGUGGUAACACUGUAAAUUCAGAAGAUGAUAUUUUUGUCCUAGGAUUUUCAACAUGCAAGUCUUAUCGCCGCCAUCGCUCUUCCCAAGGUGAAACUAUUCACAUAGAUUCGAGCUGGCCGAGCGUUACAAAAAUUAGAGAGCUUUUCGGGGAUGGUCACAGAAAGAAGCACAAGUCAAUGUCAGAUGGAGAGGACUUGAAAUCUGAUGACUAUCACCUUCACCAUUCCUACAACACAAAAGACGACAACACGUCUUCAGACAAGAGCGACAGGCAGUCGCCACUGCAGCCAAGAGGACACUGGCGGGACACAAACAGCUCAGAUCAUGAUGCUAACCGACAUCAGGGUAUGGACUCUGGUUUUAGCACAGAAAAGCAUUCUCAUGAUGGUGAUCUUAGCUCUGUGACAAGAAAACCGUCAACGGAUAUAAGUAGAGUCGAGACUCAAAAAAUUAGAAGAAAGGGAUGGACAGACAGUGACCCCAGACCCACUCCACCCACCCCUCCACCUCGCACUAGUUCUAUUGCACUGCCUCUCAGGUCCCAUUCGGGUGCUUACAGUGAGCAGCGGCAGGAGCAGAGACAGAGGGCGAAGCAGCCGCAGCCAUCAGAUAGUUUGCAUUCCUCACAUAGUUCCUCAAAACCACAGACGGGCUCCUCCGUGGAACCGGUCAGCACUCGUGAGAGAUUGAGCUCUGGAGAAGAGGAGGACGAGUCAGAUAGAAAAACACUUUCGUUUGUGCACAGCAGUGAAGGAACUGGCACAUAUAUUUCAAGAAACAAGCAUGAUGCCUGGGCCAAACUCUCUCAUAGGUCUUCAGGUAGUGAGGAAGACAGCCCAGCAGGAUUAGCUCAUCAAGUUCGACGUCGUUCCUUGAGGAAAAAGAAGAAAAGCAAUUGCAAUAGAGAGAAUGAGGAAUCUGAUGACAGUGACAACCAGCCCGUGAUGAUGGAGCACCUGGAGCGCCACCAGCGUUCAUGUGAUUCUCAAAUGGAGGGACGUAGGCUUGACAGCUUCCGGUCUAAGCCCUACGUUACUGGGCAGAUGUGGGAGAGAGCUCGGGGUUCCUCUGUUGUUCAGGACAGUUAUAGACGUUUAUGUAAAGCAUCUGAAGGACAAGCUGGCACCAGUAAUGUCCCAUUUGUAUCACGUGUGUCAAAAGUAACCAUUCCCUCGUUUCUCUCCACCCCCUUGGGGUCACGCUGCAGUAGCAGAUAUUCCAGCACUGAGACUCUGAAGGCUGAAGAUCUUGUGAGUUCAACAUCCAACAGAGCGUCAUCUUCUGUCCUUAGCAAAACAUAUCAUGGCAAUGCCACUAUGUACCGCUCACCUAGUUUUGGGCAUGGGGACAAUUUUUCUCGUGCUCCUGUCCGUGUUCGUCCUCGGCUGGUGCCUAGCAUGAAUAAAGGAGAAGGCGCUCCUAAAGCUUCAGAAAACAGAUUAGGUUGCCGUCCUGUCAGUCAUGAAAAAGAUGAAGACAGAAUAUCAAUGUCAAAUCCUGAUAUUGCUUCAGAAACUCUGUCACUGCUGAGUUACCUGAAAACUGAUUUAUCAGAGCUAAGAAUGAAGAAGAGAGGCCAAGAAGGUGAAGAAAGUCUGAAAUCCAGCAACCAGGGUGUUCAAAGCACAUCAGCUAUGUACCGAAUGGGCUCAAGAACUGCAGGGUUGAACUCUAGAAGGCCCUCACUAAAGGACCUCACUGCUACUUUGAGGAGGACCAAGUCUUUCACUUACUCGGAGAAACCAUUAGGGUCAGCUAUGAGGAGUUUUUCUGAGCAAAGACUGGACUGUGAAAGUGAUGGAGAUCGAGUAGUCAUCUCUGAUAGAGAGGUGGAGAGUGAUGAUUGCAGAGGUUGUUAUGAUUAUGAAGAGCCGAUGCCAACCCCUGUACAAGAUCGCUACAUUCAAGAAGCAAGACAAGUAAUAAGAGAUAUUUGUCAAAUGAGUGCUAACAAGGAUUAUGAUGAUGAUUAUGAUAAUGAUAAUGAUAAUGAUGACAUUGCAGGGUUUAAAAGAAAUGGGAAUUUUGACAUAGUGGCAGCUAAUAAAGAAACAAGCAUGAAGCAAGUGGAGAGGAUGGAUGGACAGAUUGUAGAGACUGUAAACAAAAAGCAGGCUGAAAGAGAAAGUGGGAAAUGUUUACCAAGAGGAAAUUCAGAGGAGAACAUGUUUGGUGAUAAGUCAUUGGAUGAACUUUCGGGACAUGAAUCAAGUCUCACAGAUGAAGGAAUUGUCACAGAGCCAGAGGCAGGCUUAUAUGGAGGGCUGUCCUCUGGCACAGACUUGCUAGGCCAGACGCUCACUGUUUGGACUAAGUCUGGACUGUAUGAGGACCAGUCACCCAACAUGACGCUGGAGAAGUCUCUUUCUGCUCCUGCUCCAUCUGUGAGGACAGAAUAUGAGGCAGUAGCUAUAGGGGAUGUAAGCAUCAGUAAAAAUGUAAACCAGGCUUCUUUAGAGGCUCCGCCUACUCCCAGUGCUCUUCGAAGACGGAGGAAAUUCUCCUCAGCUGCCAACAAUGGCUCAGACUCCAGCAAUGGCAGUAACGGGGAGUCAAAUGGUGAGUCUGCUUACCGAUCUCUCAGUGAUCCCAUGCCGCACCGGAGUCGCUCAGUAGCAGAGGAUGGCAGUAACAGUUUUUCCAUGGAUAGCAACCUACUUGGCUCACUCUCUCUAAACUCAAAGGUUGGUGUAAGUGCAGAUUCCUCUGCAGCUGAUCUGUCAGAGUGUACCGGCAGUGCAGCUAGUGAUCUGUCUGUGUAUAAUGACUCGCUGCGGGAUUACAGCACUGUGAUACAGAGCAUAGUGCAUGAACCUGGUGCAAUGGACAAGCUCAUUGAUGAGAAGGCAAAUGGAAAAGCAGUGAAAAAGAAGAGUUUUAGUGACCCCAGCAGACGGGGUGAACUGGCUUCUCCAGCCCUUGAAGUCCAGAAACAUUCUAAUGAACCUAUUAAUGAGUUAGAGCAGCCCAUUCCUCCUUCAAGCAGUGAGCCGAUCUUGUCAGAGCAAAGAGAUGAGCUGUGGGAGCGAAACAAUGAGCAGUGUCAGCAGUAUUCCAACAGGAGCUCUCCAUCCCAAUCAGAGCUUUUGCCCUGCCAUCUUGACCGCAAUGGAGUUAAUAAAAUGGGCAAUGAGGAGCCAAAGUUGCCCUUUGACCCAAAGCUGGCACAGGUGUUGUCUCCUUGCAUAAGUCGUCGCGGUUACAAGAAACGCACACACCGUGUCGCACAUCAACAGUCUUGCGAUGAUGGGGACCAGUUAGAGGAACAGCACGAAGAUCAGACUUAUGAAGAUCAUCUGGAUCCUUCCAAGUCCAUCCUGCCUCAGCUUCCUGUACCUAAAAUAAGGCCUAAACAUGUCCGCCAUGCCAGUGAGCCUGCAACGUUUGUGCCCAUUUCAACAUCUAACCAACAGCGUAGCUCUUUUAAAAGCCCUGAACCCCAACAGCUCUCAAGAUGCAGACAAGGAGAAGGAACCCCAUCAUUAGAGGAUGUGACGGAACAGUACAUUCUGGCCUUGAAUCCACCCGAGGGGUCUUCAGAUGCCCCUGGUGAAGGGGCUGUUAUGGAAGGUACCAGCUCUGCUCCUGCAACAGCCAGUAUUGACCCCAAACUGCAAAGGAAGUCCAGUGAUGAGCUGACUCAGGUCCCACUUAAAACCAAACCACGUGUGGAUAUGAGAAGACAUGUCAUGAUGACUCUACUGGACACUGAACAGUCAUAUGUGGACUCUUUGAGGACGCUGAUUCAGAGCUACAUGAAGCCACUGAAGCAACCGGAGAACUCGCCGCUCUGUGAUCCGUCACUAGUAGACGAGAUGUUCUACCAGAUCCCAGAAAUCCUAGAGCACCACGAGCUCUUCCUGGAGCAGGUGAUCAGCUGCGUUAAUGACUGGCAUGACCGCCAGACCAUCGGCGACCUCCUCGUCCUGUCGUUUUCCAAAGAGGUGCUGGCUAACAUUUACUCGGCGUACAUCGACAACUUCUUGAAUGCCAAAGACGCAGUGAGGAUCGCUAAAGAAGCUAAACCUGCUUUCAUGAAGUUUUUGGAGCAAAGUAUGCGAGAGAAUAAAGAGAAACAAGCUCUGGGUGAUCUGAUGAUCAAACCUGUGCAGCGUAUCCCGCGCUACGAGCUGUUAGUCAAAGAUUUGCUGAAACACACUCCCGAAGAUCACCCAGACCAUGCGCACCUGCUGGAUGCUCAGAAGAACAUAAAGCGGUUGGCUGAGAGGAUCAAUAAGGGACGGCGUAACGCGGAGGAGGUGGAGCGAGAGACACGGGUCAUGCAGGAGAUCGAGGCACACAUAGAGGGGGUGGAGCAUAUCCUGAAUCCUCAGAGGAAAUUCCUGAGACAGGAAAUGGUGAUGGAGGCGAAAUCAGUCGGAGGGAAGAAGGAUCGCUCUCUCUUUCUGUUCAGUGAUUUGCUGAUCUGUACGACUCUGAAGAGGAAGUCGGGCUCUUUACGCCGGAGUUCCAUGAGUCUAUAUUCAGCUGCUAGUGUCAUUGACACCUCCAGUAAAUAUAAGUUCCUGUGGAAACUGCCCUUGGAGGAUAUUGAGUUAGUGAAAGGCUCGAAUCAGGCCACCAACAGGGAUACAAUCCAGAAAGCCAUCAGCCGUCUGGACGAGGACCUCAGUACCCUCGGGCAAAUCAGCAAGCUGUCAGAGACACUCAGUUUUCCUCACCAGAGUCUGGAUGAUGUGAUAAAGGACCUGAUGGCGUCAGUUCACAGAGAAUUAGCAGAGAAGCAGUCCCUGGCAUUCAGCAUGACCUUCCUACCCACUAAACUGGAGCUGAGCGCGGCGUCUGUAGACAGCACGUUCAUCUUCGAGUUCAGCAGUCCAGACGCACGCAGCAACUUCGAGCAGGCUUUUGAGGAGGCCAAAAAAAAGCUUGCUAUGAACAAAGACGAGUGGGACCCUGAGUUCCUAAAAGCCAUCCCCAUCAUGAAGACCCGCAGCGGCAUGCAGUUCUCCUGCGCCUCACCGAGCCACAGCAGCCCGGAGAACGUGUGUGAGGUGUGGGUGUGCAAUAGUGACGGCUACGUAGGCCAAGUGUGCGUGCUGAGCAUCAGGGCCGAGCCCACUGUGGAGGCCUGUAUUGCCGUCUGCUCCGCACGGAUCAUCUGCAUCGCAGCCGUGCCCGGACUCAAGAGCAGGGAGCGUGUUGAAGCAAGGCACUCUGCCCCUGCGGCGCCGCCGGAGUCUGAGUCACCACCCACUCCUUCUGUCCAACCUCAGCUCCACAUCUCCAUCUCUCGCUCCUCUCCAGAGCUCAGUGAUCCUCCUGCUCCCACAGCACCUGAACUAGGGCCCUUCGAAAGUGAUGACUCGGAUGACGAAGACUCACCGAGCCCCUCGUCCACGCUGCAGAGCCAAGCCUCACAUUCCACCAUUUCGUCCAGCUACGGCAAUGAUGAGGGAGCAGGCUGUAAGGACAUGGCCCCUGAGACUACCAGUUCAGAGGAGGAGCAGGAGUUCUCCAGCGGGUUUGGGCCACAGCGACUAAGCGUUGAUAGUCCAAUGGAUGGUCGCGCCAUGCGCAGAUCCAGCCGAGGCUCCUUCACCCGCGCCAGCCUGGAGGACCUGCUGAGCAUCGACCCGGAGGCCCACCAGAGCUCAGUGUGGCUGGGCACCGAGGAUGGCUGCAUCCAUGUUUACCAAUCAUCAGACAACAUCAGGAACAGGAAGAACAGCAUGAAGAUGCAGCACUCGGCCUCCAUCUUGUGCAUCCUGUAUCUCGACAACAAAGUCUUUGUGUCCCUUGCUAAUGGUGAAGUGAUUGUGUAUCAGAGGGAAGCAGGGAGUUUCUGGGAUCCUCAGAGUUCUCAGACUUUGUGUUUGGGUUCUCCGAGUGGUCCUGUCACUAAAAUGGUCCCAGUGGCUGGGAAGCUGUGGUGUGGCUGUCAGAACCGGAUUCUCAUCAUCAACACCAGCACUUUAACACAAGAGCACUCGUUUGCAGUAGGCCAGGACAGCGGGCGAUGUGUGGCCUGCAUGGUGAGCUAUGGUCAGGGAGUGUGGGUGGCUCUGCAGGGCAGCGCUCAGGUUCGUCUGUACCACUCCACCAGCUACGAGAGCAUUGCUGAGGUGGACGUGGCACCUGCUGUUCACAAGAUGCUUGCAGGCUCGGAUGCCAUUAUCCGCCAACACAAGGCUGCAUGCCUGAGGAUCACAGCUCUCCUUGCAUGUAGAGAUGUAUUGUGGAUUGGGACAAGUGCUGGGGUAGUGCUCACUCUUCCAGUCCCACCUGUGACUUCUAACGUGGCUACGGCACCUUUGCGGACUCCGCUUGUGCCCACUGGCUCUGCCCACGGCCAUACAGGCCAUGUCCGAUUCCUCACCUCUGUUGAGCUGCCUGAGGGCUUUGACGUCCACUUUCCCUCCCAGGCGGAAUCAGAGCUGAGCAGUGACGGAGCAGUGCAGCAGCGUCGAUCCUCCACCCUCCUCACAGGUAAAUCCACUCUGCUGGUGAUCAGUGGUGGAGAUGGCUACGAGGACUUUAGGCUGAACAGCAGCAGCGAGACCGUGGGACGAGACGACAGCACCAAUCACCUGCUGUUGUGGCGUGUGUGAGCAGCUUCACACACUACAUAUCAGGCCACCGUGGCAUGAAAUCAGGCUCCGCCCCCUUCCUUGCAGCGUGCUGCUCAAACCUCUGAACCCUGCUAUCUCUGUGCAUGAGCAUGACAGAAACUGAAAGGGUCAUUUCUAACAUUUUCUUUGUUUCGUUGUGUAAUCAGUCGUCGAGUUGUACUCUCUGUGUCCCACAUGGUGUAAGAAGUGAAUUUCGCUCUGCCUGUGGUGUUUCCUAGUGGGAUUUAUACGUUUAGCGUGACACCAGUCUACAGAGAAGAGAUGACGUGGAGGACUUGUCCAUGGAAAGGAAAAAGCACUGGACGGAGAAUGAAGGAGAAAAAAAAGCAUGAUGUCUGAAGCAACUGCAAUGUGGGAAAGGAUAAUAUUCUCCUAAUCGGAGAGUAUAACUGAAGGAUAAUAGAGCUGAGACAAGCUUAUAGAUCUAAAGAUGAUGAGAUGAAAGAAACAGACUUUGAGUCUACUGGGACGAUUGCAUGGACUCUAAAGAUGACUGGAUAUCUCAAAGUGUUUUCUGUCCUGCCCCUCUUUAGAGAACGAUGGAUGCUGGACUCGUUUACACACAGCGUGAUCAACUACUGCUCCGUCACACUGUGAUCGUGUUCAUGAACAGCAAGGUUUUGUCUCGAGCUCCACAAGCGAGGGCAAUACGAGAGUUUGUCUGUACCUAACCAAUGUGCAAUAUAAGGCUAGGGUAUCUACUUAAGGCUAUAUUAUAUACACACACCCUUGCACAUACACACCAACUAAAGCCACAUACUUUUCCACCUCCUCAGUGCAGUCGGUUCAGGGAUUUUAAGAAAUGGCCUGAAUUUCCAUGAGUUUCACAAGAAACUAAAGGUUAAAAUUUAAAAAAAUAUAUAUAAAUAAAAAAUGACAGUGUUGUGUGUGUGUGUGUGUGUGUGUGUGUGUGUAUGUGUACUUCUGAGUCUAAACCAUCCAAACCCUUUAGCCAGUAUAGACAACAGCUGCAUGCAAAAACGCAAAGUACAUGAGAUUAUUGUCUUCUGCAUUAUUUUCAGUUGCAUAAAGGUAUUAACUAUACAGUACACUCUUAGCAAAAAGGGUUCCUCAGCGGUUCUUUAUAUGGCUCUAACUUUCUAAAAGCCUUCUAAUUUAGACACCUUCCUAAAAUAAAAGCCUGAUUGUAGAACCUUCCUAAGAGAGACAAACUAGAACUUUUCCUCCUAAGCAUUUAGUUUUAGUUUAAUGGUUAUUUCUUGAUUAGUUGUGAAAAUAUCCAUCUUUUCAGCAGUAAUUUUGUAAUGGGUAUAAAUCUAGAACUCAAAAAUGGUUGUUUUUAUUGUGGGUUAAAGCUUAAAAAGAAGCGUCAGAAGCAGGAAAAAAAAACAACAACUUACCCAUACUAAGAACUCUUGAGGAACUUGCUUUUUUUUUUUUUUUUUUUGUAAAGUGCAUCAUCAUCAUCAUCAUCUCUGGUGAUCAAGUAAAUAGCUUGAGUAGCUCAAGGUGUUGCCAUGGUGAUAAAAAAAAAAAAAAAAAACCCGCUCCACUCCAAAGCUCCUGCUUCUUGGAUCCAGCAUUUUGUUGUUUCUGCGGUUGAAAUGCGUAAGAGUUCGAGAUUAGGAUCUAGCACUGCGUUGGUGGAAACAGGCUUACCUGUAAGAGCAUUCUAAUGCUUAAUGCCAUAUUGCCACAAUCACAGCCCACUUCUUUACACAUCACACUAUUCUUUCUGUUGACCAGUUAUUGUUUUGUUUUUUGUUUUUGUUUUGUUUUUUUUUGUUUGUUUGUUUAUUGUUGCUUUUAAAUAUGGAGUCCAGUAGGUCAUAUAAAGGAGCAGCCAGUAUGGCUGUUGUGGUGAAAUUGUGUACAGUAUUUAUGUUUUUGUCCUUUUUUUUUUUUUAUUUUUUUUUUUUUUUAUUUUACAGCACUUAAUUUAUAAAGACUUCUCUUCUGUUACCUAAAAAAGGUGAAGCUGUAUGGCUCGUUCAUGCUACUUUCCGGUUCUGUCUGACCCACACACACACAUCAGCAGCAGUAAUCAGGUUUCGCUGCACAUUUUCACAUAGACAUUAUUUAUGUUUGAGUGUCAGCAAAACGAUAGAACCGUAUAACUGAAGAGAGAGAAAAAAUGAAAUCAGGAAGAGCUAAACACUAAAAAGUGUUGAGUGAUCUGAAGGCACCUACAUGGAAUCGAUCCACACCACUGUUUUUAAAAGAAAUGACAUUUUUGAGCUAAGUUUUAAAGCAGUUGUUUACACCACGCAUUCCUUACCACCAGCAUUGUUUUGUUUGUUUGUUUGUUUUUUUUGCUAGUUUAGCUGAAGAAGGAUCAAGUGUAUUUCUUGCUUUUGUGCGAUCUCCAUCAUCGGCUUAGUAAAGACUCGCACAAGGAGUCCCAGAGGUAAUAAUGCAGUCAUGUUAUAGUAGAAAACAGAAAAAAAUAAAACGUGUGUGUAGAACAAAUCUGACUGGGAAAUUCGGUAAAAAUGUACGCAGUAUAAAUACCUCUAUGAUGCAUUCACUGCUCUAAAAGAUGAGGAGGCUGGAUCUGCACUCUAUACUUAGAGCAGGGUGUCAGAUCUUAUCCGGAAAGGUCCGGUAUGGGCGCAGCAGGGUCUAUUGGACACAUGAGUCUAUUGAAUGCUAAGAUCAACAGGUGGAAUGAUGAAUAUGGCCUCUGCUUGACGGAUAUAAAAAAAAAAAAAAUGGACCCACACCAGUGCUUUGCAGAUAAGAUCAGACACCCCUGGGCUACUUUACGGAGCCAUCGGACAGCGUAAAUUAUAUAAUAUGGACGCCAGUCAUUAGAAAAUCUUUAAACAUUUAAAAAGUCAAUAGGUGUUCCUGUGGUCUAGUCAGGCAUGUGAAUUUAAUAUCUAUAAUAUAUAAAAACAAAACGUAAAUUAAAUAAGGCCCAAUUCUCUCAAUAUAAAAUGUGGAUUACAUUGUUAGUUAAUAGAGAAACGUAUAAAUGUUGCUGCGCUUUCCCCCCAGUGUCACCACUUCGUUGUAGAACGUUUUCCACCACAGGAAAGUCUUCAGGAAUGAGAUCUGUACAUUUCAGUGUCUUUUCAGUUUGUUGACAAGUUUUUUUAUGUCUUUAACAUCAAGAAAGUGCUUUAAAAGAAAAAAAAAGGGCUGGUGAGGGACCGAUUACUUAUAGCUGUGAAACACAAGUUGUUAUUAAAUUUAUAAUAACUAUAAAUAGUUAGAAAGGUUAACAUUAUGUGAUGAUUGGCAGGCGGUGGAAAAGGAAUGAAACGUUUUAUAAACAGUACUGAGAUGAAUAGACUGCCGAUCUUUUUUCAGUAGCUGCCUCUUAUUUCCGAGACACAGAGUAGUAGUAUAUUACAGGCUGAAAGUUGUAAAAACAUGUUUCAGGAAAAAGUUUACAGUUGCCGUUAGAAAAGCUGACAUUUGUCUGUUGACAUUUAGUCCAGGUAAAUAUCCUGCCAGAGUGUUUAGUGCAUCCCAUGAGUCACUUUGGGCUGAAACCUCUUGAAUUUUUCUAGCUGUCUUUACAGAUAAAGAAAGAGAUUAGAACCAAAUGAAGAGACGAUAGGCAUGUAGUGUUGCUGCUGAUGUUAAAACAACAGAUUGUUAUUAAAUUUAUUGUCCUGUAUCUUGUAGAAAGAGCUAAUGUUCAGUUGGUGUGCUACACACACACAAUUAUAUAUGUACACACACACUGUUUUUUAGAGCAUGACUGUCAAACCGAGAUUUUUUUUUUUUUUCUCACAAAACUUCUUUUAUUCUUGUUUGGUUGUUUGAUUUUUGUUGUUUUGGCCACUCUUACAGUAUUUAGGCACAACAACAUGGGUUUUCCAGGAACACACACGCACGUUAAUUUAUCUUUAAUUUAGAAUAGCUGUCGAACUGCAAUUUGUUUGUUUUUGCCCAUUUUCCAGAAUUCAGGCAAAGCAAUAUAAAUUUUCCCAGACCACCACGCACGCACAAACACCCAUAUAUGUCAAAAAAAUCCAGAGAGAUAUUAUCAUCAGUUGUACCAGAAAAAUACAGUUUCUUUGGAAGUCAUAUUUAUCCAGAAAUCAACAUCUAUUUCUGUCAAACUCUGUAUAACAUGGCCAGAACUUCGCUCAUUUAAGCGGCCCUCUUAAACAUCCAACCUUUUGAAAGGAUGUGAUAUAAACAUAAUAUAAACACAUGUCUUUUUAAACAUUGUUGUUCUGCAUUUUAACCUCACACUUCAGUUUCAGCAGGAGAUGAUGGGAAAGAGUGAGCACUCCCUUCCCCUUUUUUUCCCCCCUACAGGAUAGAGCACAAACUAUAAAGAAAUCUAUUUCUGCAGCAGCUGAUGUAACAAAAGUAAUAUGUAACAAAUGUGUUUGACUCAGUGAUGAUCUGUAUAUAUGGCUAUAUAUGUCCACAUUGAACUUUAGCUUGAUUCAUUGGUCACAUGUGGGGGAAAAACUUCAUUUUUACUGAUCUGACUGCAAGUUGAGAGCACGUACUGUAUCCCACAGACAGAGGUCUCGUCUCAUUGUCUCGGCUUGAACGGAGCGCCAGUUGGCUGUUUAUUUAGCAAACACUUGCUCUUUGGGAAUGUGUGUGUGUUUUAGUCAUGCGGGUUUGCACACAUUGUUAUCCAUGCUGGUUGUGUGUGUGUGUGUUACAGACAGCCAUUCUCAUACCACUUGCAGUAAUAUAAAUCUUAUUUCAGCACACACACACUAAAUCGGUCACUUGUGUCAGAAUAUCUGCUAUUAUUUUGAUACUUGUUUUCAUUCAUAGAUCUGCUGUGAAUAUUUCCAUCAGGUUGUACGUCCUGAUUUCACAGAUUUGAUCAGCCAAUCAGAAACACCAUCACAUAACAUCACUGCUAGUCUUUCUUUUCUUGAUUCCUUGAUUCAUUUCAUAGCAUGUACAUAAUAAUGUUUCUGACUUAAAGCUCCUUUAAACUACCCAAUAUAAUUCAUCCAAAAAAAACAUUAACACUUAAAACCGUGCUUAAUUUGGCAGCGCCUGCAAGCUAGUGAUGCAUCAGUAACAUUCAGAUGGAGUAGGAGAAUUUUUCUGGUACUUAUCCAUACCCACAGUGAUACAGACAUGAGGAAGGUACAUAGUACCCUGUAUAAAAAAUAAAUUAAAAAAAAAAAGACAUUUUAGAAAGGUUAAAUACGUUGAAUCUAGUCAAAUUUACUACUGUUUCAUAUUAUAAGAUCACGAUAAACCAAAUCUUAUUAUUAUUAUUAUUAAACUCAUUUCAAUUUUCUGUUUUUGUUGGUGAAUUAUUGUGCUGAUUUUAAGCAUCACUUAAAGAAGAAUUUUUUUAGAAAGAAAUUGAUUUUUUUUUUCUAGAAACUGCCAUUAGAAUAAAGAAUAAAUAAAUAAAUAAAAUUAUUAAUUAAAUAAAAAUAAAUAAAUUACAUUUAAAGCUUAAAAAUGGUCAAAUAUGUGUAGACUUAUUAUUAUUAUUAUUAUUAAGGUUUUAAGAUAUUAAGUUAUAUUAGGUUUUAAGAUAUUAAUCUAAUAUUUGGUUUAUAGUUGUCUUAUAAUAAGAAAUUGAUACAUUGAUUCAAUAUAUUCUAACUUAUUGUCAUUUUUUUGCAGAAAAAUGAACAGAGCAUUAACUCGGCUCGCUUUAUGUUUAAUGCCAUGCUUUUUCUGUAGAGGAUAUUAAACCAAUCGAAAGGUAUCUUUUCUAGAUCGCACAAGUGUGGUCGCUAAAAACGAGCUCGUUAAAACAAUGUCAUCAAUUGCACUUUUAAGGAUGGAAGCAUGCCUCAGGGUCUCAGUGCUUGUUGAAUUGAAGUGCUCUUUCCUGUAUGUGGGCUUUGCUGCACUGUGUUCAUGAAAAUCUUAGUGUUCAUGCAAUUUACUGCAACUUGUACUCAUUUUUAGUGACCUUAUUCGCAGAUAGUGCUCUGCACCAUCAUGACACGCCCCCUUACAGUAAUUUAACCCUGUGCUCGGUUUGCACUCUGUUAUUUUGUGUAAUAUGUCUAGUGGCACUUCACAAGGUAUUUGCUGCAGGUACCUGAUCAUAUUAAUAGUGCAAAUAAAAGACCAUGGUAUUGGAUUUGAUCCAUCACUGCCUUAAUGCAACCUCUAAAGCUAUCGGAGCCCCUAGCUAACAUUGUGUCAGCAGUAGCCGGUAACUAGCCAGACAGCUAGCAUUAGGUAAACUAUCAUAUUGAGCAAGGAGGUAUGGCGGUGCAGUGGGUAGCAUUGCCACCUCAGAGCAGCAGUGUUUAUGGAGUUUUGCAUUGUUCUGCUUCUCCAGUUUUCUCCCAGAAACAUGCCAGCGGAGUAUGGUUUACAGGGUCUAUUCAUCUCACGGCCAGUGAGCGCCACCCUGACCCUUCCCAGGAUAAAGCACUUAAUUAGAAUUGAAUAAAUUAAUCAUAUUGUUUAUUUAACCCUAGCCAAGUUACCUAGUAAUCUGGCUAACUUAGUCGGUUAUAAAGUAGUUGGUUAUCAGUGAUGUUAUAGUAUGAAGAUUCUGAUUGGCUGAGCCAUUUACACAUACCCUAUACAUUCCCAGGAUCCAUCUCACUUGUAACUACACACACAUUUGUUAUUAGAUUCACUGUAGUUACUGAAUCAGAUGCUUUAAAAUAAAGAGCUGAAUAAUAUACUGAAAUUUUAAGUUGUGUGUGUGUGUGUGAGAGAGAGAGAGAGAGAGAGAGAGAGAGUGAAAGCUGCCAACUUUUUCUAGAUGUUAGUGUUAAAAUUGUGUUUUGAUGUGUUGUAUCUUCACAUCCAGAAAAUCACACACUGAGGGCUGAUUAUUUUGUGGCAUGUGGAAGAAUCUGCUUUAUUUCACACAGUGAACAUGUCUAGAGAAGCAUAUUUUCAUAUGAUAGCACAUAAAUGAGCAAAAAGACCAUCAGAUCCGUAACUUCAGUGUGUUUGUAGCCUUCCAGCCAUUUUUUUGUGUGAAGGAAGUCAUUGUGUUUAUUGUAAAUUUGGAUAUAUAUUACCUUUCUUUCUGUACAUAGUGCUAUCUCUGUCUAUAUUGUUGAUAUAAAUCUGAUGGCAUAUUUUUAUAUACUUGUUUAAGUUGCCUUGGUUUUGUUUUUUUUUUGUUUUUUUCCCCCCAUCAGCAUGUCCUCUGUGCUGCCAUAUUUAAAUAAGUGUGUCGUCAUUUAGAAGAAGAGCCUCGCUUCUCUGUUCCAGUCCUCAUGGUUCCUUCACUGCUUCACUGCUUUUCCUUGUUAUGGUUCUUGUGGGUUUCUUUGCAAUUAAAAACUAUCACUGGUUGCCAGAUCAUUA